AUGCGUCGCCUGUUUUUGGCCGAUAAGAGUGACUCCUUAAAUCGUCGCAUGGAUUUUAAACAGAAGUUGUGGUCAUAUUUCAUCUACUCGCUGAUGCCCAUGCUCCUGGUCAUAGGCUUCAGCAGCUUUAUGACAUAUUAUCAAAAUGCAGAUGUCUUCACGAAGUUCAUGCAGCGUUACACUACUCAAUACCAGGCCACCGUGCACAACAAGCUUAACUACUGUGACCGCACGAUGCCAUUGCAGGACAUGUUUGAGCACAUCCAAGGCGCAGUCAUCAAUCAGGAGAUAGCGUUGAAGCAACUCGAACAUGCUCUGGCCAACCAAAGUUUCCAAUCCAUUGCGCUAGUCGGCACCUCAGGUGUGGGCAAGACCCUGACAAUGCGCAAACUAUUGGAGAAAUAUCCGUGGCCAGAGAAUGUUCAGACCAUUGCAUGGAACGACUAUGAGUUGAUUGAUAUCGACGCGCGCUACAAGGCCGUUGGGAAAAUUUUGGGCAAUCUGGCGCAUUGCGGUCGAAACUUAAUCAUUAUUGACAACAUGGCCAUGUGUGAUCUGGAGUACAUGGCAUCAAUAAAUGGCAUGGUGCAGUCGAACUCCAAAGUGGCCAACGGCACCAACGACUCUGACAAGAAGUAUCUGACCAUCAUUUAUGUAUUCAAUGUGAAUAGCAUGCUACCCGAGGAGAUCUACAGUGAGCAGCUGAAGAUGUUGAAGCAGGUGGAGACCACAGCAAUGAUAGUCUAUCGCAUGUUUGGGCCCAAAGAUCUGGAGGCCUGCGUGCGGCACGAGCAGCGACUGUUGGACCUCAAAAUGGAUGAGCGUCAUAUCGAAGACAUGGUCAAUACAACCGAUGUCAAAAUAUCUGGCUGCAAGACUGUACGUGCCAAGGUUCUGGUCCUGGGACAUCCUCUAAUGACAGAAGAGGAUAUGCACAACAAGUUGAAAUUCAUUCCGGAUGAAGGCCAAUAG